UAGGAACGAAGGAAGCACCGUUGCUUUGUUUUACUUGUAAAAGAAGGAAAUAUUGUCGAAAAUUUUUGUAGCAUUGACUCAGAAUUUUCAGACUUAAUAACUUCAUAGCUUCUUUUUCUUCUUCAAUUCUUCAGUUUUGCAGACAAGGAGUGGGAACCUGAGAGUGAGCCCCUCAAAGAAGGAUACAUCAUUCGAAACAAUGGAGACUAAAGGAGAAUAUGAUAAUGGGAUUAAUGGGAUCAAUGAGCAAGGUGAUUUUGAUCCAAGUGCACCUCCUCCGUUCCGGAUUGCUGAUAUCCGAGCUGCCAUCCCCAAGCACUGUUGGAUCAAGAAUCCUUGGAAGUCCAUGAGUUAUGUUUUCAGGGAUGUCAAUGUGGUUUUUGCAUUAGGAGCAGCAGCAGUCUACUUGAAUAGUUGGUUCUUUUGGCCUAUCUACUGGGUUGCGCAGGGAACAAUGUUUUGGGCUCUCUUUGUCCUUGGACAUGAUUGUGGCCACGGAAGCUUUUCAGACAGCCCCAUUCUUAAUAGUGUGGUGGGACAUAUCUUGCAUUCUUCAAUUCUUGUUCCUUACCACGGAUGGAGAAUAAGCCACAGAACUCAUCAUCAGAACCAUGGAAAUGUUGAGAACGAUGAGUCAUGGGUUCCGCUGCCUGAGAAUAUUUACAAGAAUUUGGACAUCAGUACGCGAUUUCUGAGAUUCACUGUCCCCUUCCCCCUAUUUGCAUACCCUCUAUAUUUGUGGCAUAGAAGUCCAGGCAAGGAAGGAUCUCACUUCAACCCUCACAGCAACCUAUUCACUCCCCAAGAGAGGAAACUUGUGAUGAUUUCUACCACCUGCUGGAGUGCAAUGGCCGUUCUGCUUGCCCAUUUAUCCUUUGCAAUUGGUCCAGCCAUGGAAUUAAAACUCUACGGCGUUCCCUACUCGAUUUUCGUGAUAUGGCUGGAUUUAGUGACUUACCUACAUCACCAUGGCCAUGAACCGAAACUUCCUUGGUACCGUGGCAAGGAAUGGAGUUACCUCAGAGGAGGGCUUACAACAGUGGACCGUGAUUAUGGUUUAUUCAACAAUAUACACCAUGACAUUGGCACCCAUGUCAUACAUCACCUCUUCCCUCAAAUCCCUCAUUAUCACUUAGUAGAAGCGACUAAAGCAGCAAAACCAGUGAUCGGAAAUUACUACCGGGAGCCAAAGAAAUCAGGGCCUAUUCCAUUUCACUUGAUCAAGAAUCUAGUCACAAGCCUUAGACAAGAUCAUUACGUGAGCAACAGUGGAGAUAUAGUAUAUUAUCAUACUGAUCCACAGCUAUUUCAGUUACUUUCCCUUGGCAAAUCUGAAUGAUAUAAAUUUACAGAACUUUGUUGUUUUGUCUUUCUUUUUGUCAUUUCGAAUAAUAAACAUUGAAGUUUAAGUGAUC